AUGGCGAGUCCAAAGGACAACGACGAAAGACUGAAAAAACUCUUUGUCGGUGGGUUAAAGAGAGAUACCGAAGAUGACACUUUAAAGUCAUUCUUUGAACAGUACGGGGCUAUGACAGACUGUGUUGUGAUCCGAAGCCAGAGUAAAGAGUCCAGAGGAUUUGGUUAUGUUACCUUCGAAGACGAAGAGAGUGUCCUUAAAGUGUUAGAAGACAAGAAAGAAAAAGGCCCUCACUCCAUUGACGGAAAAGAAGUCGAAGUGAAACGAGCCAUUCCUAGAGAUGAUCAAAGCUCGACGGCUCAUCUCAAAACGAAGAAAAUUUUCAUCGGUGGCCUACCAGACGAGGCAGACGCCGAAAGCAUAAAGCAAUCUUUGGCUGAUCGAGUUCGCGGCAUUACACCAACCAACGUGGACUUAAUCAUGAAAAAAGAGGACGAGACCAAACAUCGGGGUUUCUGUUUUGUUGAAUUUGAGGACGAGGACAUUGUCGAUGAACUGUGCUGCAUAAAACAGGUCUCUAUCAAUGGAAAAAGCGUGGAAAUCAAGAAAGCUGAGCCUAAGGACAAAUCAGGUUCUCAAGGACAAAGAGGACGCGGUGGUCGCGGAGGUGGUCGUGGAAGUUUUGGUGGCCGUGGUCGCGGCGGCGGCGGCGGAAUGGGAGGCAAUUAUCAUGGAGCUGGUGGGUAUGGUGCAUACCCAGGAGGUGGUUAUGACGGCUUUGGUGACGGCGGCGGCUAUGGUGAUGCUAGUUAUGGCGGAUAUGGCAGUUAUGGAGGUGAUUAUUACGGUAACAUGGGUGCCUAUCCACAAGCACCUUCUAAUUAUGGCCCUCAGGGAGGUUACAGAAAUAACAGAUACAAGCCAUACUAAAAAUAAAGCAGGUGAGACUGUAGCCUUUGUUUGUGUUGGUCCCCUAAAUUUCACUUAAGAUGUUUCUUCCAAAUCAGGUUGGAGAAGUCAGGUUUAAUGAACAAUCCAUCAAAAUUUAUUUAUUGUCAACUAGUAUGACUUCUGGAUGUUUUUCUUAAAAAUUAUUAUCAUCGUUAUGAUAGUAACUGUACAUGAAGUUAGAUUUGGGCAUACCCUACUCUUACUCACACAAGCCUUUCACUCAUUAUGGGACUUUAUUAUGGGACUAGAGGUGUAGUUUUCCUCCUCAAUGUUUGUGGCAGUUUCUUAAAUUGAAGCUUUUACUCUAGCAAAAGCAAAAUUUUUUGAAAUUAGGUUCACACCAUUUGAUGAUUUCAACAGAGGGUGAGGUCAUCCCCAUCAUAUUUGUUUUUUGUCCUUAGAAGACUAAGUUUGAUCUGUUUUGAUACUUAGGUUUGUCUUAAGUCAUCAUAACCAGGCAUAAUUUACACUAAGGCACCCAGGACCUAGGCUACCCAAGAAUCAGAGUGUUGCAGUUACAGUUGAUCAAGUAUAUAGAUGCAGUCUAAGCUACUUCAGAAUUACAGGCAUCUUUCAUUUGUAUUCACAGAGUAGACUAUGUUGCAUGAUUUUAACAAGAAACACUUUUAUUGCUAUUCUUUCUAAAUGAUAACAACAUCAUGCUAUUUUUAGAGGUGGAUCUUCAUCUAAGGUCCUUUAAAGUACAGGUGUAAGUUUAAGCUUCAACUUACUCAAACAUCCCUUGAUUUAAUCUUUGUCCGUAAAAUGGAGAAGUUUAAACUUGACAGCACUCUUGCUUUAAAAAAGGACAAGAACAAUUUUAGUUUUUUUCUUCUAUUGGGAAGUGUUAUAUGGGAUAUGUAGUUGUUUUCUGAUUUGUAUAAUGAUGUGUACACAAGCAUGGCCUUUAUUAAAGCUUUGUUGGUUAAGAAUAAAGGAUUUGUUCAUAUGUUAAGAGUUGCUUAUUCUUGUUCCAAACUAAGAAGUCUUUGAGGUAUCCCUGGAGAUGUGAAUAAUAAGUAAACCUCAGAGAAGUGUGCAAUUGCAAGCAGAUUUUGAUAUUAAUAGUACCCUGUUAUUAUUUAAUGUACUGUAAAACCAUGUAAAUUGGCUUAUUUUUUAAACAAGAAAAUAACUGCCUACUUAUUAUCUAUUCUUUAGUCAACUGACAUAUACUCAGCCUUUUUUUAACUCGGAAAUUGCACGCAUGCGCAAGAUUGAGUUGUGGAUAUGAUGUGGAGAAUGGCACUUGCUUGCUCAAUUGGUCGAUUCCUGUAAACUUUUUUUUGAUUUUAGACUUUUGAGUGUAUUUGAUAGUUUUUGGUGAGUAAUAAACAAACGAAAUGGUGACCUUUGUUGCUAAGAAUAGUGGUGGGGUGAAAAAGAAGCCAAUGAUAGUCUUAAAAGAGUUUAUUUUUUUCGUUUUAGUUUCAACAAGCGGCGCCAGCGACUGGCAGGCGUGCGAGGAUUCACACUGGAAUAAAAGAACAACCUUCAUUUUUCAUAAAAUUAUAAUUUACAAUCCUUGAACUUGAAAAAAGUCCGAAGAUUCAUUAAAAAUAUCACUUACUCCGAAGCGCUCGGAGUUUAACAGGUGUUCUAAAGGUUUUUUGUUAUGGCAUGAGAUUGGGGACAAAAUCGAUCAUUACAUUUUGUAUCAUGUGUUUUUCUGUGAGAAGCAACAAAAGGUGCCGGCAACUGAUGAAAUUACAGGUUAACACAAAAAUCAAAUAAAACCUAAACAAAUAAUUUUGGCUGCCGAUCUUCGGUGAAUUUUUAAAGAACAAUUUUCUUUUAAGUUUCAAGACAAUUUGAAGAUUCAAAAUAAAUAUUACUUACUAAAAUGUGAAAGUUAUUCACUACAAAAUUGAUAAAUAGGUCUGGAAUGAAAUUCUAUCUUGUUCUUGAUUAUACGUUGCUUAGCACGUGACCAAAAUCUACCCAGGCAGAAAUCCAAAAUGAUGGUGGUAGUCUGGGCUUAGUUAUAUCACUGAAAACUCGUUCCUGUUUGUCUCAUUUGAUAAAGAGGGAGUCAUUAAUGUUUUCAGUAAGAAAGUAUUGCCUUGAUUUUCCAAUAUUUACAAUGAUACACAGUAAAUUUCACUUUUCACCCACAUUUACUUCCAACCUUUUCUUGUGAACCAGAAACAAAAAUGAUAUAUGUUUAAAACACAUCAUCCACCAUUGUCAAAUGUAACAGCAUGAUCAUUUCAAUUGUAAUGCCUUCUUAUCCCAACAUUACUUUGUUACUUUUCUACAUUAGCAAACACUGAACUAUUGCUCGUACUCUAAAUAUGACAAUCAACCACAAAAUUCCCUAAACCAGAUAACAUUAAACAUGAUUUAAAAAAUCAUGUAAGGCAUCUGUCAAUUCACGAGUUUGCUCACAGAGCACUUUGAUUCUUUCACCUGAUUGGCUUGACAUGUUCAUUUUUUUCUACUCUUUUUCACAUAGGCUCUCAAUUUAAAAAUAUUUGAAUAUUUCUGAGUUAUUACCAGUCAUUCAAAAAAUUGACAAGACACGUGGGGAAACUCCUAAGGCUCAUUUACUGGGUAACACUUAGGUAAUUUUUUUUUGGAAAAAACCUUGUGAGAUUAGGAUGUUUGAUGAUGAAGAUCUCUUACUGGGCAAUUUCAAUUUUAGUAGUUGACUUGAUCUUGUAGUAUUCUCGCAUAACUAUGUAAUUUCAAUCCCCAUCAUCCAAAAAUAUUGAUAAAAGAUCAACAUUUACUGCAUUUUGAGAUUCCAAAUUGACACCUAAGCCUGAGAAAAUUGUCUUCAAAUGUGCUGUGAAUGGGUUCAAUUUGAAAAGAACUCGAUCACCUGGCUGUACCCAGAAAACCACAUGAUGUGUCCAACAAAUAGCUACUGCUCUGAUUGUUGCAAAAAUGAUUAUUUGUCUGAAUCAAAAAUGCCUUUUUAGAAGCUCCAAGUUGUUUAAACAGAGAGAGUGAGAUUAAGUUACUUCACAGGGAAGCAGCCAGACUUAAACCCUUUUCCACCCUCCUAAGCUAAAUAGCAACAUCGGUUGUUAAAUUUUUAGUACAUUGGAUAACCUUUUUCAUCUACUCUUUGGAAUUCUAAAAUGUAGUCAGUGUCAUUAACUGGUAUUUAUAUCUGCUUGUAUUUGAAAAAAACAUGCUUACUAUUUUGCAAAGAUUGACACUUAGUUUCAUGCCUUGCCACAUCUCAGCUAGUGGGUGGUUGAGAGUCCAAAGCAGAAGGCAUAGAGGGGAUUGAAAAAACCUGAUAGCUAGGUUUGCUUGGAGGAGUGCAUCUCCCACCUUCAAGCUAGCAUGGCUGAUUGAAAUGCUGGGGGCUUAACAUCAAGGCUAGCACUAGCAUGCAACCCAGCCACUGGCCUAUCCAAGGGUGGGUUGCAAAUGGCUCUGUGUCUAAAACUCAGGGGUGGGAAGGGUAGGUUUUUAACAUCAACCAGGGGGGAGGUGGUUUUUCCAUAAAAGUGGACUUCUUGAUAGUGUUAUUUUCAGCCUGUUGUUGUCUUGAACUGUGUCCCAUGAUUCACAGUUAAACUCGUGCAUUAGGACAGCUCCAUGAGUGGACUAGAUCACUAUGGCUAGGUAGGCAGUGGGCUGGGGGGAAUUCUCAAUUUUUGGGUGAGAGCUUGAAAAUUGACUUUUGAGUUUGCUGUCUUCUUGGGUAUGUUUUGGAAGACUCACUUAGAUUUAUAUAUGCUCUUAAAUAGCAACAAUAAUAGUGAGAUGGUUUUUGUUAGAGUAUAUUAUUUUUAUUAUUAUUUAUUUAAUUUAAAGUUCAGAUGUUCAUAUUAUUGGUAUGUUAGAUACCUAAAAAACAUUCAUCUACUAAUUGUAAAACUUGCAAAACUAUUAGGAUAUAUUUUGAACUCACUAUUAGCACCCUUGAAUCAUAUCCUUACGGACAUCUUUAACCCUGAGACUUUGGUUGAUGUUGACAGUUGAUCAUUUUUAUUUACCUGUUCCUAUCAAGAGGUCAGAUCUGGCUGUAGUAUAUGAACAUUUGAGCAGAGUGGCAUAUGAGUGACCAUGCAACCUAUCAUAAUGAAAUGAUUAUGAAAUUUUCUGUUCAGUUUUAAUACUUCAAAGUCUUCCUCAGCCAUUUGUAUAAAUAUUUGCAGUGAUUGAAGUUAUGGUUGGCAUUCAUUAAUUUAUGAGCUAAGAUGCUUUUGUUUUUUCAAGCUGUACAAUUUCAGAUUUCUGUUUUGCCAUGAAAAUUAUUGCUUACAUUUUUUGCCCAAACUAAGAUUUCAAGAUUAAUGUUUCCUAUUAGCGCUGAUACAAAUGCUGAUGAAGAACAAAGUUAUCAUUAAAAGACAGAUGUGAGCCACAACUGAUAAGAGGUAUUACCACAGAACGUUUUACAUGGGAAUCAUCUUAGGUCAUUUUGAGUGGUAAAGAUGCCAUGGCCAAUUCCUCCUUUGUGUAACUUCCAGUCAUUAUUGAAAGUAAUAGUUAGACACUUUCCCUUCAACAUAUAUCUGCAGAUGCUGGUAUGUGUUUUAUGGUGAAUCACACAACAAAAUCAAAACCUGAUCUAGUUUUUUCUUAAGAUAAUAGAGCUUUGGCAGAUGAGCAAUUGUGGAUUGUUAUGAAGAUAAUAAACAGUUUGCUUUAUAAGGGCAUGUUUAAUUUAUUUAAAUGUAUACAUCUCCAAUUUGCCUAUGUGUUUUGAAAUAGACAACUGUGAAGAAAUUGCCAAUAUAUAUGGAAGUGCAUAAUUUGUUUUUUUGUACUUUUAUAACCAUAUGCACACUUUGGACUGAGAUUUACUUGAUCAAUCACCUCUUGAAUUGCUGGAGAACUUUCCACAGGGAUCUAUUCUUCAUUAUAUUUGAGAAUGAAAAAGUCAAUUCAAAAAGUCAUAUUGAAAUAACUAUAUUCCAGAUUUGGAAAAAAUAACUGGUGCUGUUUUGUAAUGUGAACAAAAUUACUGAGUCCAGAGUACUCGAAAUGUAGCAUUUCUUUGAUAAAAGAUAACUGGUUUACUAGAAGGACAUAUUAUUGUCCAUAUGAUCUUGUUGGUUGGGCAAACUACCCUUAAUUCCAGAAAAAAAAGCAAAAAGAAAAACUUAAUUUUUUUGUUAGUGUUAACCAGUGGUGGUGAAAGUGCCAGUGGUCUUUUUAAAACAAGUCUAUUUAAUCAUAAUCUAACUCCAAGUUGAUAUUUGUCAUUUUUUGGAAGUAUGGUUAACAACUGUUGGUGAAUUUCAAAUUCAAUUUCAGUCACCAUAGAAUAAAAGGAACAUGAUAUUAAUAUUAGGUUAUCUUUUUGGGUUCUUAUGCAACAGGCAAACUCUUCGUUGGUUGAGUGCCUAAUUGGAAACUGGAGUUCAUGAUGUCAUAUCCUGAAGGAACACCAACUAGGGAAUGAACAUCACUGGUAAGAUGAUAUCAGGUUUUUGUUGAACAACUUUCAUUUGAUUACUCUACCUCUUUAUGAUGGAGGUUAACUACUGUUACAUAGCAAGUCAUGGCACAUACUUGGUUGAUCAAAAUCCAGCAACAUGUUCAUAGUCAAGUUUUUUUAGAUAAUAUGAAAUUAUUCAUUGAGUGGUACAGCCACAACUAGUUUGAAAAAUUGCAAAUCAAGGAAAACAUUUGAUUUUAACAUAACCAAUGACACAUUAAACUUAACUAUGCUCCUUGGCAUGGGUUUACAGGUCCUGGUUGGGUUUUACACAGGUGAAAUUAUUUGAAUUAGAAAAUUUGUAAUUUCUUUGUAAAAAUGCUUCUAUACAGUAAAUUGUUUUUGAUCAACAGCAGAAAUCUGAACCCAGUUGUUAUUUGCAGAUUUAAACAUUUCACUUUGAUGCUCAUGAAAGGAUUUCUACUGGAUGGAGGUAUUAAUUUUUCUAUAUUGACCAAUAUUGUACAAUGGUUGAAAUUAUUUUCCUCUUGAACAAAGAGUACAACAAGCCAGCCACGUAAAAAAUAGGAAAUACUAUACAUCCAAUACUCAGAGUGGAAGGCCGUUUGAAGUAUGAAUUUUUGCUUUCCAUUAUUUUCCUAUGUUGCCACCUUCUACAUAGGUUAACUUGUUGCCUCCUAGAUUUGAUUUUUUUGCCACUAUUGCCAUAAUGUGGGUGACUUUUUACUUUUAUCAUAUGUGGUAUCAAAACUUAAGGGUUUUUUUUGGUUAUCACUGUGAUCUUUGUUGGAACUUGCCAAUUUAAAAAUCGUUACAAGCGACUCCAGUUUCAAUAGCUGGGUCUAGGUUUAGAUAUAUAUGUUUUGAAGUUAUGCACUGAUCAAUUCCAAGUUUUGUAUCUCUCCCCCCCCCCAGCAAUCCAUGGGAAUUUGACCAUCAUCCCGGGGGUAGGGAAUUUGAACCUUACCUGGCUGGGGUGGGGAAUUUGAACUGGAAGUGUUAAGUGUUUCCUGCAGAAUACAAGAGUUAUUUUAAGAAUACAGAGGUGUUUAAGGUAAAUAAUUCACUUUUGCAAGCAAAUGGCUCAGAAGAAAAGGUCUACAAAGUUUAAGUUUUAAAGCUUUGGCAAAGUACAGAAAGACAUGAUAACUAAUUUAGUCUUUCGCAAAAAUAUUGGGUGGGGCAUUUGGACACAAUUUUUGCUCAGGUCUACUUGAUGUGUUAAAUAGUUGAAGCUUUUUAUUUAUGUGAGGUUCUUAAUUUAUUGACGGUGCACUAUCUUCCCUUUACCUGUAGAAAUCUUUGGCACAGACUUGACACAAAUAACUAGUGAGAUGAGUCUGCAGUGAAGUCUCCAAUGAAAAUUAGCCGCAGAACCUUGCCACGGUUUUUAAAUUAACAUUCUGUGUUCUGAAGGACACCAUAGGUAUGCGGUUAUUAACUGCUCGUUCACCGCUAACGGUGUCAAAUAAAUUGACAUUUUUCGAGCCAAAGGUUUUGCUCUUUCAAUUUUUUGUCUCAUACCAAUACGCUUGUCCCUCUUUUCCCACUUGGCUGAGGGGAAACAGAAAAGACUGCUACGUAAGCGAAAAGAGAUGGAAGAUUGAUAUGGAAGAUAGUUCUUUGAAAACGAUUUUGAUAAUUGUAUUCUGAAUGAAUAGAAUCUUUCUUUUCCAAGAAAUACUGCUCUAUAUGUGUUUCCUUCAUCUCCUGAUUUCGUUGUUAGGAUGUAGAAACACCUGACCCUGAGCCUCGAUAGGGCCCACGUUUACGAGAAAAAGAUGAAUUAACAUCCAUAUUUUAUUGCAACUUUCGUUCGCAAACUUAUCUCCUGUUCGCUGAAGAAAAUAGGACUCUCUGAAGUUAUAGAUAGCUUUCCCGCUCAUGUAGAAGAUCACCUAGGCCGUUUGAAAUCUCAGCUGUAUUAGUGAGUCUCUUGAAAAGUGUUUCCUGUAGUCUGCAAACUGGAUGUGGAGUCAAACUUCCUCAUGGAUCGGCGAAAAGGUUCCUACCAGUUUCUAUGCUGGGGUUGGGGGUGCCUCUUAAUCACAUUCUGGUGUGUGUGGUAGGUGUGGUGUGGCCUAUUCACAUAUGCUAAACACGUUUAGUAAGACAAUUUUUUAUUGAAUAAAAAUCAGCGAAGGAACACAUGUAGUCUAAAUUUAACUUAGGGUUUAAAUGAUCACUCUGAUUUUCAUUAUGAUACAAAAAUCAGUCCAAGCAACUGCAAUCAAGAAAAACAAUUUCAAAUAAUGUUUUAAAAGCAGCUCUAAAACGUGUUUUAUAGUUUGGGUGUGAAUGGGGUCACCGCUCUUUUUUAGGCUCAGCACCAAUAUUUGCGACAGGGCCGAUGCCGAUAUUUGAUACAAGCGCUUUGUCUUACCCGAGUGACUAACCGCUGACAAGGAGCUUGAGCUCGAGAUUAUGUAAUCACUGGUCAAAGUAGCGUUGGGGAAGGGGUGCUGCAAGAGUGAAAUGAUCGACCACCGUGAGUUUCGACUAAAUUACGACUUAAAUCCAUUUUUUAGUUUUUUUUAAAAAUAACUUCUGUUAGCGUACAGAGAGUGGUAUGUUACUCAUACCAAUCAGAUAGUUUGGGGUAUGUAUCUCGCAUCAGUCAGAUCGCCGCAUUAAGGUAUGUAUCUCGCACCAAUCAGAGCGUCGUUUUUGCUCUUUGAUUUGAGAGGUGUUCAAAUUUCAACGAAGUAAUGGGGGAUUCGGAGAGAGCAGUUCGUAAAAUGGAAUCAGAAUGAGAAAUGUUGGCUUUGCUGUGUUUUUAACGCGUAUUUUACCGCACUUUAUGAGAAAUGCGAUACUACUAGACAGAUCAAAGAUAUCAUGUUACCUGUAGUAACUGUGAAAAUGGUGGAUAGUUGUUCGAGAGAAAAUGGAUAAAGGGGUAAGUUUCUAAAGAAACUGUGGUGCUGCGUCGGUGGGAGAGUAUAGCAGGUAAUUUAGUGUUAACAACUGAGUUGAAAACUUAAAUUAGCCACCGUUUAGGGUGGCUAAUUUACGUUUUCAACUCAGUUAACACUAAGUUACCUGCGAGAGAAAAUGGAGUCCUGUGCACUGUAGCACGAUCAUGGUUAUUGUUCCUUCACGACGAGAGUGAGUGGAAACAUUUUGAAUUAAGUAUUGCUUGAGGUGUUGAUGAAUUGCACCAAACAUUUUGAUUUGAGCAGUUCUUUAACGGCAAGCUGUGCAAGAUUCAUGAUUUGUUGGGUGUGCCGAUUAUAUUUUUCUGGAUUAGUUUUCUCGGUGCUAUCUCUAGAUGAAUAUUUAAUUAAAAUUAACUAUGGACGAUUUUGUGUAUGUUUUCGAUGCCUUGUGAAAGUGAUCUUGUGGGGUCGUUUGUGUUUGGCCAGGGACGAAUUCAGAUACCACCGUUGGCAUGUUUAGUUGAUUUCGUUAUCUGAAAUGAAUGAUUUACAGAGCUUAGUUAAUAUGAUGUGAUCUACUAACGUCGAAAAUAUGUCAAGUCGAAGGAACAAUUUUGGUCUCGGUCCGCAUUUUUCCACAAAAUAAACACAUGCCGCUUAAAAAGAUGAGUAUACGGCCCACGUGCAAAGCUGUCACUAUUGUUUCUCGAACGUUGCGUGUGUUAAAUAUUCAAUAGUGACAUCUCAUUUACAUCUACAGCUUCAUCCACUUUUACUACGUUGGUAAAAUCUGUACAGACAACACACCAAACAACUCGCACGCAAAGUGAGAAGACUAUAUGAAGACUUGAAAUUAUCUCAAGAUCAGUUUUGAUCUAGAAAUGGGCCAGGAAUAUUUCACAAUAGUGUAAAUAAUAGUGCAAGCUGAUCGCGGAAAAGCGAUUGCGUGACGCUCAGUAAGUUGUAAGAUGACAUGUUAUCACAUACCAGACGAAAAAACUCUUUAGAUUCUCAAUCUGCGUUUUGUUCCUACUCUGCAGUCUGCAGUCUAAAUUUUGUAUCUAGUCUACAUUUUGUACCUAGUUUACAUUUUGUAUCCGGUCUGCAGUCUUCAGUCUGCAUUUUGUACUAACAGGUAUCCGUGGCACCAAUACAGUUUAUUUUUUGUUACAGUUAUUCGCGCAACACACACAAUCUACCACAACCGAGACGUAGUCGAGUGUUUCCACACUUCUUUAGUACUCUAGCCGCUUCCUGCGUGCUUUACAACAGAACAGAGCACAGUCAAGGCUUCUCUAUGUAUUGGGUGGGUAUGCUAGCAGCUUUCCCGCGCAUUUGUCUUUAUCACCGUGGGCUCAGGGAUGGAUAGACCUCGUGACCUGUGACGCAUUAGACAUUCCAUCCAGUGCUUGUCGAUUUGCAUCGAAAGACUGAGUGUAGAUAGAAGGUGUGCGUGAAAGGCUGUACGUGAAAAGCUGUAAAUUCUACGUUUGAAGGUAAGGUAUACGGAAGGUUUCCAUUUUUAACCAUAUCCCUCAAGUUUUUAAAAUCUUUUUGGUGGAGGAUUUUUGCGUUUUCCUGGCUUAUCAAGAGUUUGAUGGGUUAGUUAUUCUCAUUCAAAUUAAGCCAUCCACCGAUUACUUUUGCUGUCGCUGAAAUUUACUCACGCUUUGAUUUACCUUCUAUUCAUUCUUAGCUGAGGUUUGUGAUCUUACUUGACAGUUUUUUUUUUCAUGAAACGAUUUGUCUGUUUGAGUUCCCUAUCAAAGGUUUUUGAGUGAACUUUCAUUACCACGUGCUCCUAUCUGUCGCUCCUAAACACCGCUCGCUUCGGGAAAUCAAUCUUUUUUGCAGCAAAUGAAGUUUCGAAACGAUACAAGUAGUAUGAUUAUACAAACAAUCCCGUACUGAACUGACAGUUGUGUUGGCAGAAAACUCGAUUAUUGCGACUUCUGCCUGCCGUCCCUCUUCGAGAGGACAUGAGAGCUGCACGGGUGACUGUCAUGGCGGCGUCGAAUCUUGGCGGCCACGCGGCGUCUCCAGAUGACAAAGGAAUUGGAUGACGCAUGGAAUCUGGAGUGGUCAAGCACGGACCGAAUGUGUGGUAACUACUAAGUAAAAGCGCUUCGGAAUGUCAAUAAAACGCUGGAGUCUUCAAAAAAACAUGUAUGUUUGAUGGUGUGCUAGUAUGAUGAGAUUGGAAUAGGGCAAGAAGAAUUAUUCCCACGAAGUUUCAGAUCUUGUGAAGGGUUUUUGCUUUCCGUCGUUUCAGCCAUUUCCGUGGUAGUUCAAUUUCAAGAAAGGUUUCCCUCCUGAUGCUUUCUGACCGCUUAAAGUAGACGCAGAAAAUCGGAAAGAACCGUUUCCAACGAUAGAGGACGAAGUCUUGAAUUCCUGAAGUUUCAUAGCCUUUUCCUUUCUUGUUCCAGUUUCGACUUGGUCAACUUUCCAUUGUUUCAGUAAUAGAGAAGCUUUCCUUCCAAGAACGAAGUUCUACAAAUGUUGUUUUUUGGUCGUGUGCAGUGUAAAAUCAGAGCUUUUUUUGUUGUCUCUCCCUGAAUUACCUUCAAUUUGUUGCACAUUUUGGUUAUUCUUUCCCUGCUGUGUACCCAAACGAUUCGAGUUUGUGCUGGUUCACAAUUGUUAAUGUAUUGAUAAUGAGAUAUGCUGCUGGCGAGGAUUGGAGGAGAAGUUCAGAGUAAUGAGUUGGGUAUUAACUGAUUUCAUGCUUUCCUGGAAUUUGUUUAAAAUUUUCUGUGGCUGAAAUGAAAUUAUAUGGAAGGUUUAGUUGUGUGUUCAUAUAAGUACCAAGAUGACUCAAAAGUUUAUUUGAAGAAUUACAUUUUUAUGAGGAAGAAUAGACCCCGAACAGAUUUAUUUCAUGGUCACUAGUAACUGAUAUUUUUUGGUGACUUCCACACUUAACACAAGUUAAAAUUAACAAAUGGAGUUUUGAUUUAACUUGGGUGAAACUUGUCUUUAUGAUUUCCCAAAUCUCUUUAUUUCAGUGAAAAGGGAAUCUAGUAUUAGAUGCUACCUCCAUUUCUGUGUUUUAUCUCUUUGUUCUCUGUUUUAGUCAAUUAAGCCCUAGAGGCUUUGUAAAUUGUUACUUGGAGGGCUAAAGAUUUGUAAAAGGAUACUUUUUAUAAUGUGUCUGAGUUUGAGAAGGUGAUUAUGAGCACAGAAGCACUGUUGGUUGCACAGACAUGGUUUGGCGUAGCACCAAUUAAUUAAAAUGGGGUUUGAGAGAAAAUUGCCAUCAGUUUUUUCUAGUCUGUAAGAUAUCUAAACAAAUAUUUUAUCAUGGAAAUGAGGCAAAUGUCCUUUUAUCCUGGAAAUGAACUAUUCAAACUGAAGUAGAAUUUUAUUGCUUUUGAAUAAAGAAUUUUUCAAGUUUCUUGUCUGUAUUUCUCUGACUUUUUUUCCACAUAUUUUGCUUUUCUAUUUCAUUUUUCAAUUUGCCCUUUUUCAGUUUUUUUUGUAACAUUUCACUUUUGUUGCAGGUGAACAUGGCUAGUUUUUUUAAUUUCAUAUUUACCACUGAAUUUGACUCUCACAGUCUAUUUUUAAUUUAGUUAAAAUUGAAAGAAUAGUUGCCAUUGAUGUUGUUUGAAGGGAAAAGAUUUGUUACUUUCAGCAGUUUGGAAAAUUCUUUAACCUUUAUUUUUUUUCAUUAACUUAAUUGCUCAGGAGAGUAUUUAAAGUUUUAUUUUAAACUAAUGGAACUUUGUGUGCUUCCUUUUAGGCUUGUUCAAUCAUGGCUACUGAAGGCUGGGAAAAUAAUCCAGAUUUGAAAAAGCUUUACAUUGGAAAGCUUAAGCUUGAGUCAACUGAGGAAAGUCUAAAAAAUCACUUUGGAAAAUAUGGAACUGUCACUGAAGUCAAGAUAGGCUUAGAUAAAGAUCAUAACCCAAGGGGGUUUGCCUUUGUGUCAAUGUCUGAUCAAGCAGCAGUGGAUCAAAUCUUAGAAGAUAAACCACAAGUUGUUGAUGGCCAGACUGUUUACCCAAGAAGGGCAAUUCCAAGAGAUGAUCCAAACCCACUGGCUCAGUUGAAAACAAAGAAGCUCUUCAUAGGAGGGCUUAAUGAAGAGGCCUCUGAAGAAGAUAUCAAGAAUGUGCUGGCCAUAUUUACACCCCAUCAACCAGAGAAAAUUAAACUGAUGUUUGACAGAAACACCAACAAAUUCAAGGGCUAUGCAUUUGCUUGGUUCCAAAAUGAACACAUAGUGGACAAGCUAUUUAUCAUCAGGAACUGCACAAUCAAAGACAAGAAAGUUGAGCUCAAGAAGGCAGAGGAAAACAGUGGACAGGCGGGAGGUGGUCAAGGUGGAGGUGGUGGAUUCCGCGGUCGUGGUGGAGGUGGAUUCAGAGGAAGAGGGCGGGGAGGUGGAGGAGGAGGUGGUGGUGGUGGUGGUGGUGGUGCAGGUUAUAAUGGUGCAUACUCACAACCUACCUAUGGUUCAGGUUAUGAAGGUUAUGAAAAUUACGGCAGUGGUGAUUACUCUUAUGGCAGUGGUUAUGGUUAUGAUGGUGGUUAUGGUAGUUAUGGUGGUGCCUAUGGCGGUGGUUAUGGUGGAGGUUAUCACAACAUGGGGGAGUACAGUUCUGAAGCGUCUUCAUAUGGUCCAAACAGGCGUGGUGGACAAGUGCGUGGACGUGGAGGAGGGGGUGGUGGUGCUGGUGGUGGUGGGUAUCGGCCUUACUAA